AUGAGUGAAUCGAAUGAAGAAAUUCGAUACAUUUUAAAAUUUUACUACAAAAAAGGUCAAAAUGCAACACAAGCCGCGAAAUUUUUUUGCGAUGUUUAUGGACCUAGUGCAGUGUCUGUGAGAGUAGCACAAAUUUGGUUCAAGCAUUUUCAAUCCGGAAAUUUUGAUGUCAAAGAUCCAAGUCGCUGUGGUCGCCCUAUGACAGAUAAAAUGGAUGCAAUUUUUGAAAAAGUGGAGCAAGAUCGGCAUAUCAGUAGUUACGACGUAGCUGAAGAACGGGGAAUUGACCACAAAACAGUUUUGGCGCAUUUGAAAAAAACUGGGUACACAAAAAAGCUCAAUACUUGGGUACCUCACCACCUCACUGUAAGAAACCUAAUGAACUGUGUACUCAUUUUUGAUUCUUUAUUACGACUUAAUGAAACCGAACCAUUUUUGAAGAAGCUGAUAACUGGUGAUGAAAAGUGGAUCACGUACGACAAGAACGUGCGAAAAAGGUCGUGGUCAAACACCGGUCAGGCUUCACAGACUGUGGCGAAACCCGGGAUAACUCGCAACAAGGUGAUGCUGUGUGUGUGGUGCGAUUGGAAGGGCAUUAUUCAGUAUGAGCUGUUACCACCAGGCAGGACCAUCGAUUCUGAACUCUACUGCUAA